GCCGAGCCCAGCCCGGGCGGCGCCGCGCCCCGACACUGACCCGCUGCGCUCCGCUCCGCGCCGCACCCCGCCCCGCGUCCGCCGCCGCCCCGCGUCCGCCGCCCCCGCCGCCAUGCCGUCCCAGAUGGAGCACGCCAUGGAGACCCUCAUGUUCACCUUCCACAAGUACGCCGGCGACAAGAACUACCUGGCCAAGGAGGACCUGCGGGUGCUCAUGGAGAAGGAGUUUCCCGGCUUCCUGGAGAACCAGAAGGACCCCAUGGCUCUGGAUAAAAUCAUGAAGGAUCUGGACCAGUGCCGCGACGGCAAGGUCGGCUUCCAGAGCUUCUUCUCGCUGGUGGCCGGGCUCACCAUCGCCUGCAACGACUACUUCGUGGUGCACAUGAAGCAGAAGGGCAAGAAGUGAGGGGGCCGGCAGCUGGGGGGGCCCCCCGGGGCCCCCACCCCCGGCUCCCUCUUCCCCUGCUCGCCCCCAAUAAAGUUGCCCGGUUGCGGUGUUUUCUACAA